CAGGACCGAAGUGUGUUAAAUCUCUGCUCUGAGCUGAUCAGUGACAAGGACGUUAUUACAUUGAAUUGUAUUUUUAAUAAAGUAUGUCUCUGGAUUUGACAGUUUUGAAUAAAGCUUCGCUGAUGAGCACAAAAUACGAGAACACAAAACGGGAAACCCUCGCGACAUCAUGAAACUGUCUAAGAAGUGAACUUAUUCUCUCCACUCUUGUCACCGUUCGUCGUUGUUCAUCUCUCCCCCAUCUCCAGUCCUGGCCCUGGCUUGCAGUGCCGCGGUAUUAACCCGAACGAAAUCCCAGCAAAUUUUCGAUCCGACAUUCAGUGCUUCUGAGCUGUCGCUGAAACCGUUGUUUUCUGGACUGAGAAGGAAGUAUGGGUGGGUCUAGAGCACUGUUCUACCCUACUCUUUACUGGAACGUCCUGAUGAAGAAUGUGACUUCAAGGAAUUGGUACGAUAGAAUAGACUCGACAGUUAUAUUAGGAGCUCUGCCAUUUAGGAGUUACAUUAAUCAGCUGAAAGAAGAGAAUGUAAAAGGAGUGAUAUCACUGAACGAAGAUCAUGAACUAAGAAGACACACUCCGACUGUAGAGGAAUGGAGAAAGCACGGCAUGGAGCACCUCCAACUGCCUACCGUGGACUUCACCGAGGCACCCAGUCUGGAGUACCUCGAGAGGGGCGUAGAGUUUAUCCAACGGCAUGCUAAUGAGGGCACCAGUGUGUAUGUACAUUGCAAAGCAGGAAGGACAAGGAGUGCUACUCUGGUAGGGUGUUAUCUUAUGACGAUCAACCACUGCACUCCUCAAGAAGCCCAGACGUUCAUGCAAGCAAAGCGCCCUCACAUUCUACUCAAAGACAAGCAUUUCAGAGCGUUAUAUCGUUAUUAUGAUAAGCACGUGAAGAGGAAUCGCCCCAUCAAAACGAGUGAGCCAAAGGAUGCGUAGGUAAUGACUGAAUGUUUAGUAGAUUAUAGUAUUUCUAUUCACAGAUGCAAUUCUUUUGGCUUUUAAUAGGCCUGAGAACUUCGAUUUUGAGGCAUUGAGGCUUUGAAUUGCACUGUAUGUAUGGGACUUUAAUGUAUUCUGACCAUUUCAUAGCCGGUGGGAACAACUGACUGGAAUCCCUAUUUUUAAAUGGGAAGAGUUGACAGAUGUCAAACCCAACCUUCAUUACCAAUGUAAUAUACAGGGCCUCGUUGCUUAAACGUUCUACUAGUAUUAUAGUAACUUUGCCAUCCAUUGAUAACUUCCCUGAAAUUCUUGAUUCUGAGGGGACGUUGAGCAUUGUUACCAUGGCAGUAAUACCAUUGGAUGGCAAAGUAAUUAUAGUGGUAACUUUUAUGCAACUGGCCCAGGUCGAAGUAGUUGCUUUGACUUUGUCGAAUAUUCACAUUCUGGAAUGUCAACUGUAUGAAGCUUACCUAGAGAUUCUCAUCGUGUGUAGUGUGCCCCCAUCGUAACUAUGCCCCCGGCUAUUCAGGGUUUAUGAUCAUUGUGAUCAAUAUGAUUGGAAAGUAGCAUUGAACACUGACACACAGAAGCUUUCCAACAUGCACCCAUCAGACCAAAUAGAGGAAACCAAAACCCAAGGCUAGAAUUGAUCUCAUUGGAAAAGGUAAAAUGAGAGGUGCAUUUUCAAGCAAGUUUCAUCAAAAUUGAUUAUGAAAUAAGAGAAUUAUGGAAGGUUAAAAAGUCUUGUUGUAUUUGUACGGGGAUCCUGAAAUUGGCAAACAUUUUUCAGAAUGGUUGAUUUUGUUGACAACUCUCCAUUUUUUGUAUUCACAAAUGUUCAUAUUUUUCCUUUAAUACUUUGAAUAUCUUUUUUAUUAUCUCCUCCUGGCCUUGGCAUGUGUUCUGUGAAACAGAUUUUCCCAUGACAUAUGUUGUGCUGAUCAGCAGGCAAGAUACGAUUUUAAAGAUAAUAGGGAAAAUCUGAAAAGUUGUGUACAAAACAAAUAGAGAGCUUUCCACAAAAAAAUGUUUGCCAAUGUGAGGAUUCCCAAAGAAAUACAACAAGACUUUCCAAUCUUCCAUAUUGAAAACUCCCUUUUUUUAUUAACGAUUUUCAUGAAACUUUUAAAGUGCUUCCCUCAUUUCACUCUUCAAUACGAUUAAUUCUCUCCUUGGGUUUUGGUUUCCUCUUAUGUGAUUUUACUCUUAUCAUGAGCGCAUGUUGAAUAUCAAAAGUGCACUUUGUCUUCAUUGCUGUAUUCUAUUUAGGCAGUACCAGGCACUUACAUGUAUUCGAACAAUAUUUUUUAAUUAAUUUGUUUAAAUAUGGCUGAAGAUGGUUUUAGUGACAUGGUACAAUCUUGAGCAGGCGUUGCAAGAAUCUUACGAUCAGUUGCAAGUCCAUUUUCGUUCCCGAAAUCAAGCAUAUGCUGUGCAAUUAAUUGCAAAUUUGCGAUUGAUUGCUAAUCUGCUCCAUGAGACAAGGAGUGUAAUCUGACUUGCUAUAGCUAGAAGUGAUCAAUCAAUUGUGAAAUUGCACCAGAAUAUUUGUGAUUAUUUGCCAAUAUUUUCUUGCAACACCCCCUGAGAUUGUAUGUACAUGUAUAUUUCCUUUACGUUUUGUGUGUUUUAAUGUUAUGUGUAUCUUUGCUUUAGUGUUACCUUGGAGGGAGCUGUAAUAUCAUUAGGGGUGGAGCUCCUGGGCAUUGAGGGGAUGUAGAUGUAUGAACUGCAACCAAAAAUGGGAGGAAAAGGAGAGAAUAAUGGGAAGAAGAUGAGAAAAAAAGUUUUACAUAAAAGGAGGAUAUUGUGUGAGACUAUAUUACAUGUACAUGUAUCUUGGCAAUUGAGGGAAAUCUUGUCCCCCCC